GCUUGCUAAAUUAAGAACAACAUAUAAAAUAUUUUGAGACAAAAUAUGAUGCUAUCUAAAAUCUUUCUGAGACAAACUACAAACCCUACCAAGUUGACCAGACAAUUAAUUUACAUUAGAUCGAAUUCAUUUGCAACCAAAUAAAGCAGAGAGGCAGAGCUAUUUUGAUGAAUUCGUAAAGAAGCAAAGAGAAAAGUAAACAGAAUAAUGCUUCACAUCACCGAAAGACCGCCAACAACCUUAGUGACAAAAGUUCCGAAAAUCAUCGAAGCAGAACUUGGACCAGAGACACUUCUCAGACUCGAUCUCGAUUUGCAAUUGACCACAGAGUCAGGAACUCUUUGACACUGAUGAACCUGCCUAAGAAUGUGGCUCCGAGUAGUUUGAAGGCUCAGUAUCACAAACUGGCCAAGAUUUAUCACCCAGACAUGCACAGAAACACUAAGCACGAAAAGAAAAUGGAAGCCCGCUUCAGACAGCUCCAGGAGGCUCAUGAAGUUCUCAAGGAAUGGGUCAAAGUGAGAGACUCCGUCUUCAGAGAAAGAAUGACCAAGGGCUACAAAGGCCUUAAAAUGGACAAGGACGGAACCAUGACAAGCAACCAUGGCAAACUUGUGAUGAGUGCUUCAGCAUCCAGACAAACAGAGGAGGCUCUUUUGUUGCAGAUGAUCGAAGAUGACAACGAUGGCUUCAGGUUCAGACAACCUCAGCACUUGCUUCGGUACUUAUAUCUCGCAUGGUUUUGAAUUGGCCAAUACGAGCUUGGGAGAUGGUACAGAGAAUACAAAAUCAAAGGAUAUCCAGGACCAGCAGCUUGUUAGAGUUUGAAUUAAUUUCAAUCAA